AGAAUAAUAAACAAUUGAUUUUUAAUGUAUGUUGCUUAAUGCAUAUACUACAUGAAAUGACAUCUUUUUUAUAAACUAUGUAAACUUAAUCACUUUUUCAAGUUUACUCUUAUGUUUCUUAUUACGAAUACAUUGUGUGUGUGUUUAUUUCUAUAAAAUAUUUAAAAAAAGACGUGAUAAAUUAGUUUAAGCAAAAUGAUUUUAUAAAUAAUUUAUUCGACGUUUGAUGAGCAUCAUUUUAGUAACUGCAUGGUUUUGAAAUUAGAGUAGUAGGUGCAUAUUUGAAUACUGCAUAGUGUCCAAGAUGGCUUCGUCCACGGGUGUACAAGUUAUUCGUAAUGCUCGACCUCUUUUGUCUACUAAUCAUGUUGAUGCACAUAGAAGAGUUUUAGCACUUUAUAAAGCUUGGUGUAGACAAAUACCUAUUAUGCUUUCUGAUUAUGACAUAUCAUAUACACAGAAGCAAUGUUUAGAAAAAGUACGCUCAGAAUUUCUACGGAAUAAGUAUGUGACAGAUUUAAGAGUAAUUGACUUACUUAUAAUCAAGGGUCAAAUGGAAUUGCAGGAGGUAGUAGCUAUAUGGAAACCUACAGGAAAUCUUUUAUUUUGCUUUAAAGACACAUUUAAUCCAAAACCAAAAGAUUUCUUGGGUAAAUUCUAUGCUGGUCACGAAUAAUACAAUAAAAUAUCUGUGACGAUAGUAAAUUUUAAUUCAUGGUUGUAACUGUUAGAUCUAAAAUUCUAUAUAAUUUAUGUAAAUACAUACCAAAUUUAUUAGAUUCGAUAUUAAUGUAUCUCUUAAAAAAGUAAAAUAUUGAAAUAAAUAAAGAAUAUCUUGCUGUUAUUUAUAAAAAAAAA